CAUGUGAUCUAGAAUCAGUUCUGAGAGCUUAUAAAUAGAAGCUAGACAUAGCUUCCAAUGUCCAAGCCUACACUUAGUUACCUAGCUACCAACCUUGAUUUGCUGAGCUGUAUUUGGACUUUGUGCACUUUGCUUAGACUUGGGAAGACAUGGAAGUCCAACAAGUUCUCCACAUGAAUGGGGGGGAUGGAGAAACUAGCUAUGCUACUAACUCCAACCUUCAAAAACUGGUGAUAACCAAGGCAAAGCCAGUGGUGAUUCGGAGUAUUUCAGAUCUGUUUACCACCAAUUUACCUCCAUGUUUAAGGGUAGCAGAUUUGGGCUGUUCUUCAGGGCCUAAUACCCUACUAGUGAUUUCGGAGAUCAUUGAAGCUAUUGAUGAAAUCUGUCAUCAGUUGAAUUGUAAUACACCCGAAUUCCAAGUGUUCCUCAAUGAUCUUCCAAGUAAUGACUUCAACACCAUUUUCAAGAGCUUGCCAGUUUUCUAUGAGCAACUAAAGAAGGAGAAGGGUGAAAAGUUUGGGCCAUGUUCCAUCACAGGAUUACCUGGUUCCUUCUACGAGAGGCUCUUUCCAAGCAAUACUAUAGACUUCAUUCAUUCGUCUUCUAGCCUUCAUUGGCUUUCUCAGGUUCCUUCAACGGUUGAGAAUAACAAGGGGAAUAUUUACUUGGCAAGGACGAGUCCUCCCAGUGUACUCAGAGCAUACUUGGAUCAAUUUCAAAAGGAUUUCUCCUUGUUUCUUAGCUUGCGCUCCAAAGAACUAAUACCACAAGGGAGAAUGGUUCUAACAAUGAUAGGCAGGAGAAGUGAAGAUCCCUUUGGCAAAGAUUGUUACUUUUGGGAACUCUUGUCUAAGUCAUUGAAUGAUUUGGUCUCAGAGGGUCUCAUUGAUGAAAGAAAAGUAGAUUCAUUCAAUUUGCCUUACUAUAUACCUUCUCGUAAAGAGUUAGAGGCUAUAGUUUGUGCAGAAGGAUCAUUUUAUCUUGACCAGUUAGAAAUCUUUGAUGUCAACUGGGAUGCUAGUGAUGAUGAUGAUAUCAAAGAGUUCAUGUUUGAUAGGUUUAUGAGUGGGCAGAAAGUGGCCAAGUGUAUAAGAGCUGCGACAGAAUCCCUACUCGCUUGUCACUUUGGGUAUGUUGUAAUUGAUGUUCUAUUCAAUAGGUACAUGGAGUAUGUUAGUGACCACCUCUCAAAGGAUGAGGGUAAGUUUUUUAAUCUUGUUGUUUCCUUGAGAGGGAAGUGAAUUUCGGGACUUUGAGGAGGGUAAGAAUGUUAACCUAAGUCAUUUCUAGCAGAAAUAAGUAAUAAGAAUGUAUUAUGCUUUGGCUGGCACUAGCAAUGCCGAAG